AGGGAAGCUCCCGUAUGCGGUAGAGCCACGUCCCGGCACGACUUACUUGCUGAGGGAGGGAGGGAGAGCCCGGGGAUAGGAGAGAGAGCGCGUGCGAGAGAGAGGGUUGUGUUCGCCAGGUACGUCAUUGCUAUUGGUAAAUGCCAGUAUGCGCACUGACUGUACGCAUUGUCGGUGGUAUACAUAUGUGCGCAUGCGCAUGUAGGUGGAGGUAUGGGUGUAGGUCAGGUAUCGUCGCAGGUCGCUGGGCCGGCUACUUUAGCGAAGACGAUGGAACCCCGAACGGCUGCUCCCGUCCCAAACUAAACACAUACUACGUACACUGCGCGGUACGUCGUACGCAGACACGCACGCACACCUCUCCAGCACGUAGGUGCGCUGUGUAAGUGGUAUACGCAGCAUCGGUGCUGCGUAGCUUACACGUCGUAUACCCAUGUGGUAGACAACCUGCCUAGCAACCUACCAAUC